AUGGAAGAGAGAGUUACGGAAAUUCUAAAGCAGGCUGGAAUCAAUGCACCACCAGAAAUUAUCAAAGAAUUUUGUCAAAGUCUUGAAGAAUCACAAGAUAUUAAUGUUAAAAAAGAAAAUAAGAAAUUAAAAUCAACAAAAAAGGCAAAAGGGAAAAAGAAAUCAACUAAAUUAGGGCCAUCAUCUUCUUUACCAAAUGAAAUGGAAAUGUGGGAAGAAAAGAUGGCAAUUUGGGAAAAGAAAGUUGAAGCAUUAGACAGGCAAUUGCAAGAAUGUUCAGAUAUACAUAGUUCCUAUUCUUCCAGCUUUAUUGGAAAUCAAUAUCAAGAGAAAAACGAUCCGUUGUCAGCAUAUCCAGUUCUAAAAGAAGGUCCUCAUGGAUUCAUUCAUCCACCUAAUUGCAUGAAGCCAAUUAGGAAGCGAUUUCCUAUAUAUCAAAGCGAAAAAUUCUCACUUGCACCUAACUUUGUAUCAGAAUUGAGAGAACGCGAAAGGAGAGAGCAUCCCUAUAUUCCAGGCAAUGAAAAUAGGCAAGAUGCUCUUAGGUGGAGAAUUAAGGAACGACUUAUUUAUAGCCAUCCUGAUUACUAUCUCAGAGAGCAAAGGAAAUAA